CCAAGGCAAAUGACAGGAGACUGUUUGUGUAUUUUUUCUAUUCAUGAACAAUAAGAUUAAUGUAUUUUUUAUAAGUUGUACGUAACUACAUAUAAAUCCCAUGGAGUUGUAGUUAACUGGUUUACAGGAUUGGCGUUUUCCGGUUUUAACAAUGAGUACCAGGAGACUAACGGAUGCAGUCCUAACAACGCUGCACUGCUACAGCGGUAUAAUCCGGGAGUGCUGCGGUUACAUCGUACACUGAGGACGUCAUCAUGUAUAGUAAACGUGGUAUAUCAGAGAUGUCCUCUGUUCCCAUGAGCAGCAGCAGCAUUACAGGUCUCCUGUCUGCACUGUGUGAUCGCAGCUUGUCCGGAGUGUCAUGGAAGCGCCGCACUUUCAGUGGUGUCCCUCGUGCAUCGCUCCACCGCACCCUCCGUAGACGUGCCUACGCAAUGCUGCUUUCCAAACUUUUCCAGGACAGUUCAUCCAAACCCACAUCGUCAAUGACGAGCGCUUUAGCCUGCACACCAUCUUACAACAAAAUGCUUAUGAUCUCCUUUGACCUGCGCGUCUCGGGUCGUGCCGAGGACGCAGAGAGGCUUGAGGGUCUGCUGGGGCAGCUGCGUAAAGCAGGCCGCUCCUCAGGUCUGACUGAACUGGACUCAGUGCUGGAGCUCUUGGCACAGCUGGCAGGUUCAGGUCCUCCCCCCGUGUCCUCGUUCAGCAGGGACUGCAUGCGGCGUGAGCGGCCUGUGCUGCGCAGACCUCCACUGUCUGGUUACCUCAGCGAGGAGCUGCAGAGGCUGGAGAGUAGGACCUGGGCUCUGGUGUGUGAGGAGGAGUGGGGAGAGCUCAGGGGGGUUUGCAGGACUCUUAGCAUAUUGGAUGCUCCACCAGGGACCGGACUGUUUGGAUUGGAGAGAAGGUUGGAAGGAGAGGAGAGGUUCGAGAGAGACACUAGGCUGUCUCUGUUUGGAGCGCUGCAGCACUCAAGGACAGCGGAUUUAGAUGUCCGGCUGGACCUGCCACCAGUGCCCAGUAACGCAGAGGUCACAGGACUCAAUAUACGGGUUCCUCAGUGUUUGGAUCAGUCUGAGGAUGAAGGAUUCCAGUCUGCCUCUAAUCUGACUCCUGACUCACAGUCUGAGCAGAGCCCCAGCCCUGAGCCUGACGUAUGGGAGGCCUUGCGCACUUUUGUACCUGCUAGACGUCGCUGCUGGGAAAACGUGGGCUGUCCUCCGGGUCAGAAAGAGCCUCCGUAUCUGACGGAAGCAGGCAGACAAGCGUUUGACCAGUUGUAUCGGCUUUGGGAAGGCGAGAUGAGGAACAUGCUCUCCUCUCACACUCCCUCUCCUCUCCUGCCCCUGCCUCUGGACUGCCAGACUCAGCUAGUUAAAGACCUCCUCAACGUGCUGAUAGGCGUGGCUUCUGUCACUUUCCCCCUCAAUGAGUCGAGUGUACAGUUUGAUGUGCGUGCGGAUGUGUGUGUGUCUGGAACGUCCCCGGAGAGCGUGUCUCGCCUGUUAGAGGAGCUGGCGCAGUACGGCACGCAUUACCUUCGCCUGAGCCGCUUCUCUCUGGGCUCUGCUGAUAAGAAAGGCCUGGUGUUUCAGGCGUUUACAGCCGGCCUGCGGCGCUAUCUGCACUACUACAGAGCGUGUGUACUAAGCACACCCGCCACUCUCAGCCUCCUCACCAUCGGCUUCCAUUUCCGCAAGCUGGGCCGACAGCUCAGGUACCUCUCAGAGCUGUGCUGUGUGGAUGGCACUGGUGGGUCAUGUCAGGCAGGGUUUCCUGUGGGUGUGAAGCUUCUCUCCUACCUGUACAACGAAGCACAGAGCAACUGCAGCAAUGAGAACUACCCUGUACUGCUGUCUCUGCUCAAGAGCAGCUGUGAGCCUUACACACGGUUUGUAUCAGAUUGGGUGUACAGUGGCGUCUUCAGAGACGUCUAUAAAGAGUUCCUGAUCCAGGUGAACGAGGACUACCUGAGCUACAGAGAUAAGCAUUUCUGGGUGCAGGGCUACACUCUGAUCUCUCAGGACGCAGAGGACUGCGUGCCCGUGUUCCUUCGUCAUAUCGCCAACGAUGUUUACGUCUGUGGAAAAACCAUCAACCUGCUGAAAAUCUGCUGCCCACAGCAUUAUAUCUGGUCGGAGGUGCCUGUGCCUCGUAUCGCCGUGACGUUCUCUCUGAGGGAGGUGGAGGAAAUCGAGAGAGACUGCGCCGUGUACCGUGGCCGCAUGGAGACCAUCGCCAAGCAGAGCGCCGUCAGCAGAGAGGAGCAGGCGUUACGUACCGAGCUGGCACGACAAGAGCUCAUCAAUCAGGUCAGAGAGUCAGCAGCCAAGACGCUGGAGAGCAUCCGAGGCCGCCAGGUGUCACAGCGUCUGGCUGAGGAGGCGAAGAAAAGAGAUCGCUACGAAGAGAUGAGGCAGCAGCUAGAGCUCGACCAAGAGUGGCGGAGCGCUGUUAGAAAGAAGGAGCAGGAGGAUGACUAUAGCUUUGCCCGAGAGCUUAGAGACAGAGAACAGAGGCUGCAGGCCCUCGAGGAGCAGCUGGAGCACAGGGCACGCAUGGACCUGAUAGCGCAGUACAGCCGUCUGUCUGAGGAGGCAGCUAAGAAAGAGCGGAGAGCCAUGUGGAAAGUACAGAGGAUUAGACUACAUGAAGCCAGAGUGAACUUCCUACAGCAGGAUCAACACGCCAUACAGACUCUGCUUGUGAGAUAUCCUUUAGGACAGGAAUGCCCCAUUCAGGAUCCAGCCCUUACAAAGAAACCACCUGAGAAUCAGCAGGAAUCCCAAGCUUCUGAGAUACAAAUGAAAAAUAUGACCAUGGAGCAGGAGCCCACUGCUCCUUCUGAUAUGAAUCUGCCUCCUCCUGGCCCUCCUGCAGUUCUUCCCCCUUCCACCAGGAACAUUGAUGUUCUGAUCUCAGAUCAAAUUAACAUUACAGACCUCCUCCCUCCACGUCCUGCGGACAGUGCAACAGUGGCGCAGGCUCUACAGGACAUCGGCUGUGACCUCUCUGAAUUCUCCAGAAUCCCUGAUUCAGACUAUGACUUCUCCUCCCCCUAUAGCCCUUUGGAAUGCCUUAGGCCCCAGUCAUGCUCUGCUCUUCCAUCCCUCUCCUACCAAGUCCCAGAGCCUGGGGCAAAUCAACAUGGCCAUCCUUCACAUAAUUCACUUCAGCUGGAAGAUGGUGCUGCCUCAGGGCAUAAGUCGCAGACACGAGAGCAAAACAUGGCCCCGAAUAAAUGUCAGGAGACAAACAAACUGCUGAAAGAGAAGAUUUUAUAUGGAGAAGAAAAGGAACCUUCACCAUGUGGUGUGGUGUUGGAGCCAAAACUACCAAAAGUUAGCAUGGCAGAGAAGUGCAAAGCUAUUGAGCAACAUGCUCAGCCCCUUUUGACAUUAGAUGAACAAAUGCCAAUAGAUCUCCCUCUGAUCCCUGUUAGUAGCCCAGACUCUAAUGUCCAAAACAAACCUAAGAACAAGGUCUCAGUGGGAGAUGGUGUUUCCUCAUCCAAUACUGACCAGGGCCAUUCUUUUAAUGCUAACAUAAGGACUGAUGGGUUUGUUUCUGCAGUUACUGUACCAGCUCCCUCUCUAAACAUACAUGGUCAUGUAUCUGAUGCCCAUAUUAAAUUAGGAGGACUGGUUUCUGAGGUUCUUACUCCACUAUCUUCACAAAAUAUCCAUGGCCAUGUUUCUGAUGCCCAUAUUAAAGUUGGACAGCUUGUUUCUGAGGUUACUGUACCUGUUUCCUCUCCAAAUAUCCAUGGCCAUGUCUCUGAUGCCCAUAUUAAAUUAGGAGAACUGGUUUCUGAGGUUCUUACUCCACUAUCUUCACAAAAUAUCCAUGGCCAUGUCUCUGAUGCCCAUAUUAAAGUUGGACAGCUUGUUUCUGAGGUUACUGUACCUGUUUCCUCUCCAAAUAUCCAUGGCCAUGUCUCUGAUGCCCAUAUUAAAUUAGGAGAACUGGUUUCUGAGGUUCUUACUCCACUAUCUUCACAAAAUAUCCAUGGCCAUGUCUCCGAUGCCCAUAUUAAAGUUGGACAGCUUGUUUCUGAGGUUACUGUACCUGUUUCCUCUCCAAAUAUCCAUGGCCAUGUCUCCGAUGCCCAUAUUAAAGUUGGACAGCUUGUUUCUGAGGUUACUGUACCUGUUUCCUCUCCAAAUAUCCAUGGCCAUGUCUCUGAUGCAAAUAUUAAACUAGGAGAACAAGUAUCUGAGGUUCUUACUCCAAUACCUUCACAAAAUAUCCAUGGCCAUGCUUCUGAUGCCCAUAUUAAAUUAGGAGAACUGGUUUCUGAGGUUCUUACUCCACUAUCUUCACAAAAUAUCCAUGGCCAUGUCUCUGAUGCCCAUAUUAAAGUUGGACAGCUUGUUUCUGAGGUUACUGUACCGGUUCCCUCUCUAAAUAUCCAUGGCCAUGUCUCCGAUGCCCAUAUUAAAGUUGGACAGCUUGUCUCUGAGGUUACUGUACCGGUUCCCUCUCUAAAUAUCCAUGGCCAUGUCUCCGAUGCCCAUAUUAAACUAGGAGAACAAGUAUCUGAGGUUCUUACUCCAAUACCUUCACAAAAUAUCCAUGGCCAUGUCUCCGAUGCCCAUAUUAAAGUUGGACAGCUUGUUUCUGAGGUGACUUCCCCCACUGAAAAAAUGCCAGUAAUUUUCCCUCUGAUCCCUGUUAGUAUCCCAGACUCUAAUGUCCAAAACAAACCUAAAAACAAUGUCUCAGUGGGAGAUGGUGUUUCCUCAUCCAAUACUGACCAGGGCCAUUCUUUUAAUGCCAACAUAAGGACUGAUGGGUUUGUUUCUGCAGUUACUGUACCAGUUGCCUCUCCAAAUAUCUAUGGCCAUGUAUCUGAUGCCCAUAUUAAAUUAGGAGGACUGGUUUCUGAGGUUCUUACUCCACUAUCUUCACAAAAUAUCCAUGGCCAUGUUUCUGAUGCCCAUAUUAAAGUUGGAGAGCUUGUUUCUGAGGUUACUGUACCUGUUUCUUUACCAAAUAUCCACGGCCAUGUCUCUGAUGCCCAUAUUAAAUUAGGAGAAUUGGUAUCUGAGGUUCUUACUCCACUACCAUCACAAAAUAUCUAUGGCCAUGUCUCUGAUGCCCACAUUAAAAUAGGAGAACUGGUUUCUGAGGUUCUUACACCAGUACAUUUACAAAAUAUCCAUGGCCAUGCUUCUGAAUCUCAUUUUAAAGUUGGACAGCUUGUUUCUGAGGUGACCUCCCCCACUGCCUCUCGCAAUAUCCAUGGUCACGUCUCUGAUGCUCAUAUAAAGAUUGGUGAGCAUGUAUCUGAAGUACCAACCGUAACCUCCUCUUCUAAUAUCCACGGCCACGCCUCUGAUGCUCAUAUAAAGGUGGGUGAGUUUGUCUCGGAUGUCGUUUCGUCUCUCCCUCGUUGGAGCAAAUUUGGCCAUUCCUCAGACAGCACUCUUAAAGUGGGCUGUCUUAUACCGGAAGCUGAAGCAACACAUUCCCCAUUGCCUGGCAGUGUUUACGGUCACUCCUCAGAUUCUACACUGAAGGUCGGCUGUGUCGUAUCUGGCUCAGACCCACUGCCUUCGCCACUCCCUGGUAGUGUUUAUGGGCACUCCUCAGACUCCACACUGGGUGUGGGUUGUGUGGUAAUGGGGACACAGGUCCCUCAGCAGGUCCCUCUCCCAGGUAGUGCCUAUGGACACUCCUCUGACUCCAGCCUUGGUGUAGGGUGUGUGGUGCAGGGGAUCAAGCCUGGAAGCUUUUAUAGUGAAGCCCAUCAGAUCGGAUUCAAGCUGCCCACAGAGAACAAGAACAAGCCAGAGGCACAGGACGCCACAGCUGCUCCCCAAACACAGCUGCUGACUCUGAGUGAGGGUCUCAGUGCCUGGGCCCAGGGGCUUGGACUGUCUCCCUCGGAGAGACCAGAGGAUGACUACCUCCUCAGGCUGGCCUCUCAGUACCAUGCUGAGCAGUACGAGGAUUCCUACAGGCAAAUGAUGUCAGCCCCCGAUGCUCAGCUCCUGCAGCAGGUGACCCGUGGGCCGAACGUUCUCCCGGCGGAGUCGUCUGUGCACUGUGCCACAGACUCGACUGCUGUGCAGCUCAGUGAGAUGAUGCCCCUCCCCGUGCUCAUGAAACACUCCGUCACGACCCCGCUCAUCACACAUUUGUCAUUGGUGAAUAAGUCAGUGGUGGAUUAUUUCUUUGUGGAGCUGAGAGUGGAGAAGCACUUUGAAGCUUUGCGGCACUUCUUACUGAUGGAAGAUGGCGAAUUUGCGCUGUCACUUACUGACCGGCUCUUUGAGAAGUUGGGCAGUGGGCAAACCCCUGGAGAGCUCCUGACACCCCUCGUGCUGAACUCCAUCCUGAACAAGGCCAUGCAGUACAGUGUGCAUGGUGACAGUGAGCUGGCUCCUAAGUUCACCUUUGCAUUGCGUUACCUCCCCGAGGUCUUCCAUCCCCACGCUCCUGACUCACUUAACUGCCUCGAGCUGCGCUACAAGGUGGACUGGCCUCUGAAUAUCAUAAUAACAGACAGCUGUAUGAAUAAGUACAACCGGCUCUUCUCCUUCCUGCUGCAGCUCAAACACAUGGUGUGGUCUCUCAGUGACGUGUGGUUUCAUCUCAAACGCACAGCUCUGGUAAAGGGAGCAGGACGCUCGGUGCAGUUCCGUCAGCUGCAGCUUUACAGACAUGAGAUGCAGCACUUUGUGAAGGUGAUCCAGGGUUACAUCGCUAAUCAGAUCCUGCAGGUCUCCUGGAGCGAGUUCACACAAAAACUGAGCAGUGCCAAUGACCUGGACACCAUCCACCACACACACGCAGAGUACCUCAACAGGGCCAUCUUCAGGGCUCUGCUGACGGAGAAAGCCGCUCCCGUGAUGAACAUCAUCCACAGCAUCUUCAGUCUCAUCCUGAAGUUCCGUGGCCAGCUGAUCGCUCAGUCCUGGCAGACUCAGCAGGGUGAAGCGGUGCACCCGAGCUUCAUCGCCAUGCAGCAGUCAUACAACACCUUCAAGUAUUACUCUCGCUUCCUGUUCAAAGUGGUUUCCAAACUGGUGGAUAAAGGCUACCAGCCUCAUUUAGAAGACUUCCUGCUGCGGCUUAACUUCAACAACUACUACAAGGACUCAUGAUGUAUUUAUGCCUCUCAGUGAGAAAUGAUCAUGUUCAGCCUCACACUGAAGUCAGGGAGGCUUUCAGUAUGCAAAAGAUCUGCUUCUAGCUGUUCUAGCUGUCCUGUACUGAGCAGUGCUAUAUGUAUUAUAGCUGUGUGUGUUUUCACCUUUUAUACAAUGGAUUCAGUGCUCACCUGCCAUUCAGGAAUUCAGCAGUUUGCCCAGACUACUUAAUUAACUCCACAGUUAAGGACUCAAGCACCUCUUCAUGUUUGCCUACUGGACAUUGACCUGAGGAUUCGUCAUAGAAAAUUAGUGCCUGUCUGUACAGUCCAGCUUGUCCAAUUACUGCUGUUGCAAUUGAUUUUGAAUUUAAAUAAAUCUACAAGCUUAAUAGAAUUGUGUUUCCUUGACAGAAAAUGACUAAAAAGGUUAAAUCAUUUAAUUGACCAAAUUUAUCCAAUCAGAACAAACUUGGGGAAUGUUUAGAAAAAUUAAUUGAUGCUGCGUUCACACACAUUGAUUUUAUCGCUGCACUAUGAAGUGACCCAUAAGUGACUGUUCCUACUACUGGUUGCCACGGAAACAGUGUUUCUCAGUGGGCGGAGCAACCCGCAUCCCGAAUCAGUAUUCUUGCAGCUACACUGAAAUGUUCUGGAGGGAGGUUUGGUGUUUGUGUAUAAAAUCCAGCAGUGUUUAUCUGCAUAAU